CUUGAACUCGUACAUCACUUACAUGCCAACUCUGUUCGUUGUCCAAAAUGCCGCCAAAACGAAAACGUCAGGAAGAGGCAGAAUUCGGCUCUCUGUGGAUGCACGCUGCUACAAAUCCACCACCCCGUAGGAAGGCAUGCCGGCAAUGCUUCGAGGCAAAGGUGCGGUGUGAUCACACAAGGCCUGUCUGCUCGCGAUGCACGCGCCGCGCCCUCCACUGUGACUUUUCCGGCGCAGCAAGCGAAGAACCACGCUCAAGCAUCCCUCCCGUCUCUGAUCUCACCACCUUGGACACAGCUAGCUCUGUGACACCGCUCACCGCAGACCCAGGCACGGGGUUCCGUUGCCAAACCCCGCUCUUCACAUCAGCCCAACCCACAGCCACACAGCAACCCUCCCCACGCCCUCCGUCCCUCCCGACCACCACGAACCGCCAAGACGUCCAACUCAUCUGCACUGUCGAUGCAGAACGAGUCCGCGACCGCUGGCUCGCCGGCUGGGUCCCCGCGCCCGACCAGCACCCCAAGAACCUCUCCCGCGGGACCGCCGUGUUCAUCCACAGCGUGCUGAGAGCGUACCCGCAGAUGCUGUGUAAGGGCGAUCUACCACCCAUCAUCCACCAUCUGCAGGUGGUAGAUGGGAAGUUGCCCCAGCCGCUGGCGAACUGUGUGUGUGUUGCGCGGAUGUGGGAGGGGCUUGGGGAGGGAGUGGAGGGGGCCAAGGCGGCCAUUGAAGAGGGCAGGGAAAUGGUGAGGGAGGUUACCGUGGCUCAGAUGUCGAAACUAGCUGCGCAAACGAAGGAACAGAACCGCACGCAGUGGGACCUCCUCGCCGCGUUCCAGGCAUACAUUGUGUACGCCACGCUGCUCCUCGGGCCCGACCGCACUCCGGUAAUCCCGCAGGAGCUCAUGCUCAACAUGCAGGACCUCGCCCACACAAUCUGUCAAUCCGGCCUCCUGCACCCCGCCGAGCUCCCCUCAAGCUCCUCCGCAAGUCCCCGCCCAUCCUGGUCCCACUGGGCUCUCGCCGAAUCCAAGCGCCGCGCCCUGACGGCCAUGUAUCUCCUCGACGACGCCGUCAACGUCUUCGCCGGAGUGUCUUGCAUUCGCGGCGACGAGCUCGCUCAACUACCCGCGCCGUGUAGUGAGAAGCUGUGGCGCGCAGAGAACGAGGGAUCGUGGGGGAGGCUGUGGGAUGUGCAUGCUGGGGAGUGGGAGUGGGGUGGAUUGCGAUUGGAGGAGCUAUGGGGGACGGGGGAGAGGGGGAGGGUGGAAAGGUGGGUGAGGGAUAUGGAUGCGUUGGGGAUGGCGGUUUUGGGGGUUACGACGGCGAUUGGGGAGCGGUGA